UUAAGGGUGCGAGGGGGGGUGGCAAAGAACUGAGACUUGGAAGGUGCCACGCGGCGGAGGCAGGCGCGUGUGGGAACCCGAAGGGACUGGACAGUCCCCCAUAGCCCCACUUUCCUUCCCCAGCCGUCUUUCUGCCAUGAGCGGUCUAGUGCAGACCGAGCCGCUGCUCGGGGAGCCGCCUCUGCUGGUGCGCGGCGACCCCUACUCGGUGGUGGUCCUUCUGCAGGGCUAUGCGGAGCCCGAGGGUGUGGGCGACGCGGUGCGCGCCGACGGCUCCGUGACCUUGGUGCUGCCUCAGGCCUGGGGCCCGGCUUCCAGCCACCGAGAGUCCCCGCCCGAGGGCGGCGGGGCGAAGACCGCCCUGGAGGAGGCGGCCCGUGGUCCCAUCCUCGUAGACACCGGGGGCCCUUGGGCGCGGGACACACUCCUGGGGGCCCUGGCGCGGCAGGGCGUGGCCCCCGGAGACGUGACUCUGGUGGUGGGCACCCAUGGACACUCGGAUCACAUCGGGAACUUGGGGCUGUUUCCCGGGGCGGCUCUGCUGGUCUCUCACGACUUCUGCCUCCCCGGGGGCCGCUACUUCCCCCACGGGCUAGGUGAGGAGCGGCCCCUGCGGCUGGGGCCGGGGCUCGAGGUGUGGGCCACGCCGGGCCAUGGGGGCCAGCGGGACGUGAGCGUAGUGGUGGCGGGCACGGUCUUGGGCACCGUGGUGGUGGCGGGCGAUGUGUUUGAACGCAGUGGAGACGAAGACUCGUGGCAAGCGCUGAGCGAAGACCCGGUGGCCCAGGAGCGGAGCCGGAAGAGGGUCCUAGGCACAGCGGACGUGGUUGUGCCUGGUCACGGAGCCCCCUUUAGGGUGGUCAGGGAAGCCCCUCAACCACCGAACUGACGUCCAGGAGAACAGAGGACCCAGUCGGCUGAGUCGGAGGAAUCAGGGGUGAUGGCUUCCAGCUGUCGCAAGAAGCUGGUUUUCCAGCAAGGACAGUCACCGAUAUCACUGCAACCAAACUAGGACCAAGCACUGACUCAGCCGUGUGCCACCUCUUUGGGCCUCCGUAAAAUGGGAGAGUGUUCUUGGGAGAGUCGUCCAAAAUAAAAAUAGAAAACUGUAUGGAAAAUCG